AUGACGGAGACCGACACCUACGAGCUGUGCUGUGAGUUUGAGCCUGCUCAUAACGGUGACGUCAAGUCGGUGUUGGCGAUAUCAGAUAAUUUCAUCGCCUCGGCGUCUAGAGACUCCAGCGUAGGAGUUUGGGAAAGAACUGGUCCCGCUAAUUUCGAGCUGAAAGCGCUUCUCGACGGUCAUCAUGCGUAUGUCAAUUCCUUGGCAUUUAUCCCGUCCGAUGAUAACGAUUGUGAUGCAUCUGGUGGUAACUCCUCUCUUAUACUCCUUCACUCGCUAAAGACGCUCGCUUCAGAAACUCAAGAUUGCCUGACUGGGCACAUUCUGAACGUUUGCACAUUGAGUUAUUCGGUCAAACGAAAAAAGCUCAUAAGCGGUAGCUGGGAUCAAACGGCGAGAGUAUGGAGUAGGUCGCAAAGCCAAUGGGGGACAGAUUUUACGCUUGAGGGUCACGAUGCAGCAGUCUGGGGUGUGGCUGUUGUAGAGGAAGGUCAGCAUUGCGGUUGUUAUCUGACUGCCGACCGCACCAUCAAUCUAUGGGAUGACAAAGGCCAAUUGCUCAGCCGGUUCAAGGGGUCCCCCGAACCAGUUCGAAGCAUAGUGAUCCUGCCUGGAAUGCAACAGUUUGCAUCGGCAUGCAAUGACAAUCUAGUACGAAUAUGGGAUUUCGAUGGAGCCGUUGUCGAGCGCCUAAUUGGUCAUACUGAUUAUGUAUAUCAAGUGACCCUUGGAGAAAAUGGAGUUCAGUUGGUUUCUUGUGGAGAAGAUCAUACGGCGCGUUUUGCACAACAAGAUAUACGAGAUGCAUACAUGCAGAGGGUCAAAGAAGCUAUGCCAAACGACGACGCAGCGGCAAUCCCCCUGACGUACCAAAUAGGAUCCGAUCCUCGGACUGCAGCCGAAGCUUUCGGACAAGAACACAGCCUUUCUGAAAAUUACAUAAACCAGAUCGAGGCAUUCAUCAAGGCUCACCUCGACGCCGCUAAAUUCGAUGACUCGUCAUUGUGA